CAGCAGAGGAUUUACAAAACCCAUAUUGCUUUGUGCUUUCUACAACCACUUGUUGGAAUUCCUAUUAUUGUUUUGCAACGCUUCUAAGAAGCCAACGUGCUCUACAGUUAUAUUUGAUCCUAUAUCUAACAGACAAAUCUUCCACUGUUAUUAAAACCCCUCAAUUUUGGACAUACCUUGAUGAAUUAGUGAAACACCUUCUGCCUUUUGUUAGCAUACUUGACUAUCUUCAACGUGAUGUGGCCAAUCUUUUUGAUGUUGCCUAUGCAUUUGGAUAUGUAGCACAACAAUAUGAAAAUGAUAUUCAUGAAUUUGGUUAUGAAAUGCAAAAAAAGAUAGGCAGAUUGGGAGCAACUCCUUCUUUUGUUGGCAAUUAUAUUUUAUCCACAAUAUCAUGUUCAAGCUUUGUACAAACAAUCUUUAGGAUGACUCAAAUCGCAGCUGAGAUGGAAUGGGAAGAACAUAUAGAUAAUGCUAAAAAAAUUCACAAAACUGUUACCGUGAAUCGUAUUACUAAUUCAAAUAAUAGUAAAACAGUAACAACACACUGUGAAACACAAUUAGAAUCAAGCUUUGAACAAAGAAAUGAAAGAGACAACCCUAUUGCACUUGACCUUACCGAAAAUAUGCAUAUUCCGAUACUUGAUGAAUUAACUACAACUUCUUAUGAUAUGCAAAAUUGUCAUUCAGCUGAACACGAAGGUUUAAAGAUUGAACUUCAAUACCUUUUUAUAUAUGCUUUAUCACAACCUUCAUUUGUUCGUACUCUUCAGCAAGAUAUUGAGAAUAAUUUU